AUGGGAAAGCUUAAUAACAAAUUCGACUAUGAAAAUCUAAGAAACACACGAAUCUUAGAGAAUAAGGCUCGAUUGGAAUCACUUGGAAUACGCAAAGCGCUCUCUGAUAUUCGAACCUUAACUUCUUCUUCAAAACCGGAGAGGAAAAAAUGGACUAAAAGAGUUUACGAGACCACAAUAGUGCGUCGAUCUGAUCGACUGAAAGGGAUCAGAACCCUCGCAUCGUCAACACAAUACAGUAAUAAUCUUUCUUUGCGUCGAUCUAAUCGCUUGAAAGCAAUUUCCACCGAACCCGUAAAAGCAGUUGUAGUGAGAAAAGUGGACUUUGAUGAUGAGAGUGAAGAGGAAGAAGGAGAGAAAAGGCCUGCAAAUGCGCCGUUCGUGAAGUUAAACGGUGCGAUGGAGAUUCAACUUUCACUUGAGGCUUCUGCUAGGCGAUGCUUAGGCCUUUCUGAUUUGAAAGCACUUUGCAAAAGCUCUUACAUGGUUAAAUCUUCUAUGGAUAAGAACAUAUUACAGCAAAAGACAUUGUGUGGUGAAGAAGAUUGCAAGCGUUGCAGUAACCUUGAUCCUGAUCAAACAUGCAUAGGAAAAACAGACUGUUCAGUUUGUCAUUCUGCAAAUGGCGUUCUCUGUCGAGGUUGUCUCAAGGUCAGGUAUGGUGAAGGUGAGUCCUUCAAAAAUCUGGUACAAGACCACAUAGUUGUCCUGUUAGUGUUAGCACCUUUAGAUAUAAGAUUGAAUAAGCCUGGCGAUGGUCAUUCUCAAACUCCUAAGACUAAAAAUGUUCAUAGAUUGAUUGGUAAUAUUGUAUUGGUUUCCUUUUAUCUGAAUGGCAUCAAAGCUCGAGAGAUGGGUUACAAAUCAGUUGCGCAUCUUCUGAUGGAUGAGCUUCAACGAAGAAACAAGCUUCGAGGAUGA